CACGUGUAGUUGACUACUGAGGGUGAAAGGAUUGAUCGAUGUAUCUUCUGCGAUCUGGCUGACCUUGUUAUGGCUUUGUUAUGUGGACGGAUAAUCAUUUCUCCGGUGUGGCUGUGUGUGUGUGUGGUGUUGGCUUGUAGGGUUAUACACAUAUACCGUACUCCCAUAUAUCCACUCAUGGAACUAUCCAAGGGUCCGACCAACCUCACCAUCCCCUCUUGGUUGGUUAAUGAUCAAAUUAGUAAGCAAAACGCUGGUGAUGUUGACCAACUAGUUGUAACGAAACGUCUAAUAGUCUAGCUGCGUAAACC